AUGUCGAUAGCAGCACAGGCCGACCCCACCUACGUUCGCUUUCACGAUUGCAUCAGUUCUGGGUUUCCCACGAAUCACUACGACCUACAUGCAUCCUUAUCACCGUACUGGAAGCUGCGAGAAGCCCUCUCUACUGAUGGCAACCUCGUGCUCUACGGGGCAAGAAUACAGGUUCCUGCAGCUCUACGUCGUCACACACUCGCCAGACUCCAUGAUAGUCACUGUGGUGUCGAGGCUACAAAACGUCGGGCUCGACAAACCGUCUUCUGGCCUGGGAUAGACUCGGACAUCACCAACACCGUCUCUGCCUGCGAGCCGUGCCAAGUCCUGCGUCCCAGCCAACAACGGGAGCCUCUCCACAACGACGACCAUCCAUCCAGGCCCUUUGAGUCAGUAUCGGCGGACUUCUUCCAGGUAGCUGGGAAGUCCUUUCUUGUAGUCGCCGACCGCCUCUCCGGCUGGCCUGUGGUUGUCCCUUGCAAGGAACGUUGGGGUGUACACCACAUCACCUCGUCGCCACAUUACCCACAGUCUAAUGGACACGCUGAGGCCGCUGUAAAAGCUGUCAAGCACUUGAUCCUCAAAACGGCCCCCACAGGAAACAACGACUGCGAGGAUUUCGAUCGUGGUCUCCUCGAGUUAAGAAACACACCCAACCAGUCUGGUCGCUCUCCUGCCCAAGUACUGUAUGGUCACCCUCUCCGUACAUGUGUGCCUGCCCAUCCUCAGUCAUUCACAGAAGAUUGGCAGGAAAAGGCCCAUGACUGCGACCGCCGAGCCGCCGCCAGAGCUGCUCAGGUGCAGCGCAACUAUGACGCCCACGCCCGCCCCCUGCCCAGGCUUAAUGUGGGCCAACAUGUCCGCCUCCAGGACCCGACAUCCCACCGAUGGGACACAAUUGGGAUUGUCAUGGGUGGUGCAAGAUCACGUAAGUACGAGAUCCGUCUCCCAAGUAGUCGAGUGUUACGUCGGAACCAUCGCUUCCUAUAUCCACUGUCCAGCCCCAGUCAAGUUCCCUACUCUGAUCUCCCUGUGGUCCCUAGCCCAGACAUGGAAAAAUCAUCAAUUCCCUCCAAAGCCCCUCGCAGGUCCCCAAGAUUGAACAGGCCUACAUAA